UAAGAUGUUGUUUGUAUUCGGUUGAAGAUCAGUACAAGCAGAGAAACUGAAAACCUAACAAAAAUGGCAGCAGCAGGAGUUUAUCUUCAUCACAUAGCAAGAGAAACCCCAGAUGUAGAACGUCUUACUAAAUUCUAUCAAGAGAUAUUUGGGUUUGAAAGGAUUGAAACCCCUGAUUUCGGACCAAUGAAAGUGGUCUGGUUUAAAAUUUCUCCCGUUUCUUCACUUCAUCUCAUUGAGAAAAACCCAGAAGCCAAGCUUCCAGAAAGUCCAUGGAGUACUACUGGAGGUGUUACUGAUCCAAAAUAUCUUCCAAGAGGACAUCAUCUUUGUUUUGCUGUUUCAAAUUAUGAUACUGUCCUUCAAACCCUAAAGGACAAAGGUAUUGAGACGUUUGAGAAGACGCAGCCUGAUGGAAAGACUAAGCAAGUCUUUUUCUUCGACCCAGACGGCAAUGGUUUAGAGUUUGGAGACUGGGAAGCUCCAAAACUCUGAAACUUUGGUUAGUGCCAUCAGUGAGGAAACAUUACGUCAUGUCAAUAUUGAGUAAAACGUGCAUCACCAUCAACUUUGUAAUGCAGUUCUAACAAUUGAUAAGAAGACAUGUUUCUAUGUUUCUCUCAUUGGUCAUAUGUUGGAACUACUGCUACCAAUACUACCAACACUACCAACACCAUGGCAGCUAGCUAUAUCUACUGAAGCUGUAAUAUAAAAGGAAUGUAAAUUAGUUCUAUGUAGUGCCUAGUUAGUAAGUUCGCGAAUGAUUCGCGAAUCAUUCGCGAAUUUUUCCGUAUCACGAAUUUUACCGUUUUAUUCG